AUGAAAAUUGCAAUAACUAUUGGAAUUUUACAACACUAUGAAGAUUUAGCAAAUGAAGUAUUUUAUGAAAUAUUUGAAUAUAUGGAUAUUUAUCAUAUUUAUGAAGGAUUUUUCAAUCUUAAUACACCAUUUAAAAAUUCACUUAUGCAUUCAAAUGUUCCAAUUCAAAUAAAUAUUUCAAAUGAUGUACAAUUAUUACCUAAAUCUACUGACAAAUUUAGUCCAAUUGAAUGUCUUGUUAUUAAUAAUCGUUUUCGUUUUCCAUCAUUUAAUAAUUUAUUAUCUUAUCUACAUGAACUUCGACAUUUAUCAAUUAUUUAUCUCAAUGGAUUUGAUUUAAAAGAUAUGGAAUUCCAUUCUCUCGAAUUAGAUGAACAACUUUGCUUACAUCUUCAAGAAAAUAAUUUAAAUUCGGUUAAACAUCUUCAUAUUUGUAGUAAUACAGCAUCAGAUACUUUUAUUGAACUUUACGAUUUUCAUUUCGAAGAAUUAAUUGAUUUAUUACAAUUUACUCCAAAUUUAUAUACAUUAAAAUAUGAUUUAAUAUGUUUUCAUCAAAAUACGGCAACAUCAAUUCAAAAAAAUGAAGAAUUUUAUCAUAUAUUAGAUGUAAAAAAAGUCAAACAUCUAGAUAUCCGUGAAACAUAUACAUUGGAAGAAAUUAAAAAGCUAGUAAAUUCAUUUCCUCAAUUACAAUAUUUUCAAACGGCAAUAAAUAAAAAAGAAAUUAAACAAAUUAUACCAUUUUCAUAG